CCUAUACCACAACCUCCAUCUUAAACCUCAUCUUUCGCUCCCGCUCUCCGCACUUCUCUUCUUUCCCGCAACUCAAUUGCAAAGAACUUCAUCUACACACACCCCGUCGAAACCACCUAUACACGUUGUUAGAGCACCCCGCAACGCCACAGCUUGCUUGCUCAACCACCCCGUCAACUCUACCGCACCACACACUAUCCGCCGGCACAUCACUCUCAAUCAUGGCUCUUCUCGCAAAAGUGAAAGCUGUCACCAGCGGCGACACCUUGAUCCUCAAGUCGAGCAAAUCCAACGCCGAGAAGAUCCUGACACUCGCCUACGUUUCCGCCCCGCGCCUCCGCCGCGAGGGUGACGAGCCCCAUGCAUUCCAAUCCCGCGACUACCUGCGCAAGCUCGUCGUGGACAAGGAAGUGCAGUUCGUCAUCACGCAGAAUGUUCCCAACACCAACCGCGACUUGGGAAUCGUCAAUCUUGCCGACGGCCGUUCGCUCCUGGAAGUUCUCGUCUCCGAGGGCCAGGUCAAGCUCCGUGACGACACGCAGAGGAUCGAGGACAACGUGCUGGUCGAUAAGCUCCGCAUCUACGAGGACCAGGCGAGGAGCGCGGGAAAGGGCGUGUGGAACUUGAGCGGCGAUAAUCAUAUCGAUGCGAGAUAUGAUCUGCCUGCUAGCCCGCAUGAUUUCCUCGAGGAGCAUAAGGGGAAGCAGAUUGCUGCCAUCAUUGAGCGUGUCAUCUCCGCCGACAGGUUCGCGGUUCGCAUGAUCAUCUCCCCCAAGCUUCACCAGCAGCUUGUUCUUCUCCUCGCUGGUGUUCGUGCACCUCUCUCUACCCGAAUGGACGCGAACCAGAUGGUCACCCCCGGUGAAGAGUACGGUGACGAGGCAAAGGACUUCGUCGAGGCCCGUCUUCUUCAGCGUACUAUCCACGUCGACCUUCUCGGGGUCAGCCCUCAAGGCCAGCUCGUCGGUUCGAUUGUGCAUCCUGCCGGAAACAUUGCCGAACUCCUCCUUGCCCAGGGUUACGCCAGAUGUGUGGACUACCACAGCGGCUUCCUCGGAGCUGCAAUGGCCAGACUCAGAGAUGCCGAGAAGCACGCAAGAGACAACCAGCUUCGAGUCUUCAAGGCGCACGUACCGAAGAAGAAGGAGUCUGGUAGCGAAUUUGAUGCUGUGGUCUCGCGUAUCCUUAGUGCGGAUACCAUCUUUGUGAGAAACAAGGCCGGCGCGGAGCGGAAGCUCAACCUCUCCAGCAUCAGACAGCCCAAGCCGUCGGACCCGGCGCAAUCGCCCUUCCAGGCGGAUGCUAAGGAGUUCCUGCGAAAGAAGCUCAUCGGCAAGCACGUACGCGUCAGCAUCGACGGAAAGCGGGCAGCACAGGAGGGCUACGAGGAGAGAGAAAUGGCUACUGUCACUCUGGCCGACAAGAACAUCGCUCUUCUCAUGGUUGAGAACGGAUAUGCUUCCGUUGUUCGCCACCGAAAGGACGACACUGAUCGGUCUCCUAUCUGGGACAGUCUUGCCGCUGCUGAGGAGGCUGCCAGGAAGGAGUCGAAGGGAAUGUACGCCUCGAAGGCACCUGCGUCGGCUAAGAUGGUCGAGGCUUCUGAGACUCUACAGAAGGCCAAGAGUUAUCUUUCUUUCCUCCAGCGCCAGAAGAGGGUCCCCGCUAUCGUCGACUUUGUCGCAUCUGGUUCCAGAUUCAAGGUCAUCAUCCCCAAGGAGAAUGCGCGUCUCACAUUCAUCCUGAGCGGUAUCCGAUGCCCGAGAACCGCAAGGAACCCCAACGAGCAGUCGGAGCCCUUCGGCCCGGAAGCACUAGAGUACGUCUCCAAGAAGUGCAUGCAGCGCGAUGUCGAAAUCGAUGUUGAGGACAUCGAUCGUGUCGGUGGUUUCAUCGGUACCAUGUACGUCAACCGCGAGAACGUUGCCAGAGGCCUCGUCGAGGAGGGACUGGCCAGUGUCCACGCCUAUUCUGCCGAGAAGACCGGACACGCCAACGAACUGUUUGCGGCCGAGACCCGGGCGAAGACUGCACACAAGGGAAUGUGGCACGACUGGAGUCCUGAGAAGGAGGCUGCCGAGCAAGAGGACACCACGAGCUACGUCACCAAGCAAGAAACCGUCGAGCGGAAGAAGGACUACCGCGAUGUCGUCGUUUCUCACUCGGACACCCUCGGCAAUCUGAAGCUUCAGCUUGUUGGCGCCGGCACCUCCGCCCUCGAGGAGCUGAUGCAGUCUUUCCGCAAGUUCCAUCUCCAGCCUGCCAACAACAAGCCGAUCGAGGGACCCCCCAAGGUCGGCCAGCUCGUUGCCGCCAAGUUCACCGAGGACGACACUUUCUACCGCGCCAGAAUUCGCCACGUCGACCGUACCGCAAAGGAAGCCGAGGUCCUCUACGUCGACUUCGGCAACUCUGAGAAGAUUUCAUGGACGCGCAUGCGUCCCCUCGCGCCCCAGUUCUCGGCAGACCGUCUCAAGCCCCAGGCCGCCGACGCAACCUGGUCGUUCCUCCAGUUCCCCUCCGAUAGCAUGUACGCCGAAGACGCUUACGACAUGGUGGUCAGCCUCACUGGCAACCGCCAGCUCGUCGCCAACGUCGACCACGUCAAGUCGGACGGCUCCCUCAUGGUCACCCUCUUCGAGCCCGAAGCCGCGACCUCCGGCGCGAGCAUCAACCGCGACUUGGUCGCCGCGGGCCUCGCUUACGUCCCCGCGAAGAUGCUGCCUGGCAUCCGUAACGCGUACGCGGACGUCAUUGCGGACCUUGAUGCGGCUAUGCAUCAGGCUAUGGAGGCGCACUUGGGAAUGUGGAAGUACGGCGAUACUAGGCCCGAUGAAGAGUAGUUCUUCGUUCGUGUUUCAUGGUGCUUUCUCCUGGCAAUAUUUUCUUUUUGUGUGGUGGUGGGGUGUGUAUAGGGUGUCUUUUCUUUGAUUCCUUUUCCUUGAUUUUCUUUGACUUUAUGGGGAUUUUCUGGGCGCAUUGGUUCGGCGUAUUUGAUGGGGCUCUAUUACUUUGUACGUACGGUGCCUACGAGCGGUAAUGGUGUGGAGUGAAGGGUGGAGGGGGU